AUGCCUCAGAUCACUGGUGCGCCGGGGGCGGCGGGCAAGAUCUCGUGGGCGAUCACAAAGAGCGAGAAGAAGAUCUUUGAUGAUAUCUUUGAUGCCUGGGACGGACUCGGUCGCGGGUUUAUUAGCGGACAGACUGCUGUGGAGAUUAUGGGACAGAGCGGUCUUGAUAGGUCUGAUUUGGAGAAGAUUUGGACUUUGGCCGAUCCCGAGGACAGGGGCCGACUCAACAAGUCUGAGUUCUCUGUUGCCAUGCAUCUUGUAUAUCGCCGAUUGAACGGCUUCCCGGUGCCGGACCGGCUGCCGCCGGAGUUGGUGCCGCCGUCUACGCGGAAUCUGACAGAGUCAGUGUCUGCGAUCAAGUCGCUUUUGCGGAGCGAUGCUGAUCAGCGUCGUGCGUCGGGGGGAUUGCAGGCGCAGCAGACGGGUGGGAUGUCGUAUUUGAAGUCACGGUCGUUCCGUGAGUCGGGGUCGAGUGUGAUUGACGCGAAGAAGGAUGCGACUGUGUACAAGAACAAUGACGAUGAUGUUGCGCAGUUUGUGUCGUCAGCGCGGCGGCGUCGGAACAACAACAGUAAUGGUAAUGGUAAUAAUCGGGCCAGUACUGGGUCGCCGGCGUUGUCGGAGAUCAGCGGGAAUAUGAGCAAAGGCGAGACGCUGGAGUAUUUGCGCAAGCAGAUUCGGGAGAAGAAGAUUUUGCUGAACGCGCUUGAUGCGGAGGAUGACUUGGACUUCAACGAGGACUCGUAUCUGGACAGCCGGGACCGGGACGAGGCGGACGAUUUGAUUCGGAAGAUUAGGAACCUGCAGGAGGAUAUUAAUGAGUACGGCGGGGCGAGCGGUGUUGAUUCUGCGAGCGAGAAGACGGCGUUGAGAAAUCAGCUUCAGUUUUUGACGGACCGACUUCCGGUGCUUGUGGGUCGCGCGCGAGGGAUCGGGAAUAAGAUUGCGGACGCGAAGCUGGAGCUGUUUAGGCUGAGGGACGUGAAGGCGCACCCCGGGUCUGCGAUUGUUGGUACGGGACCGGGCGGACGGGUGACGGAGGCGGAUCGACGGAAGGCCAAGUCGCUUGCGCUUUUGCAGUCGCGGAUGGCGAUGUUGACGGGUAAGGCGCCGAGCGCGGGGAUGGAUGCUGAUGACGAGCAUGGGGCGGAGUUGCGGAUUGCGGCGGAGAGUACGAAGGUGAAUGGGGAGAAGGAGCAGAACGAGAAGAUGAUUCGGGAUGUGGAGGAGGGGGUGCGGGAGGUGCAGGAGUCGAUUGAGGGGAUGCUGAGGGAGUCGAGGGCGGAUUUUAAGGUGACGCGGGAGAAGCAGAUGUUUGAGGAGGGGGUGGGGACGGAGGAUGAGGUGCGGGACUUGAUUUUGGAUCUGAAUAGACGGUCGCGGUCGGUGAAGUCAGAGCCGAGGGGCGGAGUGAGAGGGUGA